AUGGCAUGCAUCAACAGCACCUUCCAGAGUUGCUCCAUUGCCAGAGGAGCAAAGAUCAGCACAAGGGCUAGGGGCAGUAGUGGGGGAAAGGGGUCACCGACCUUUCAGUGCAGGGCGUCGACUUUCGUGGACGCCAGCCUCCGGCUUGAGCUCGACGAGAACCCUGAGGCAAUCAUCUCGGGGGUGUGGCCUGAGAACGUCUCCCUUCUGAGCUACGACGAUCUCCGCGCCUACUUCGAGUCGCAGGAGACGGCCCAUGUAGAAGAUGAUCAGCACGUGGCGCUCUUGGGUGAGACCAUGUCAACACCUGUGCUAGUGGCCACAGCAGAUCAGACCCUGGAGGAGGUCGAAUGCCACUUUGAGGCCGUGUCAGGGCUUCCAGUUGUAGACAGCAGCCUCAGAUGUGUUGGGGUGGUCGUCAAGAAUGACCGGGCCAGAGCUUCUCAUGGGUCAAAGACAAAGGUCUCAGAAGUGAUGACCUCUCCAGCCAUCACACUAUCUUCUGACAAAACUGUGAUGGAUGCUGCGGUUCUGAUGCUCAAGAAGAAGAUCCACAGACUACCAGUUAUAAAUCAGGACGAACAAGUAAUAGGUAUAGUUACCCGUGCUGAUGUUCUUCGUGUGCUGGAAGGCAUGCUGAAGGUUUAG